AUGACGAUAAGCAGAAGCGGGAGCAUGUCACAAGAGGACAUCAAGAAACUGCCAUCUUAUGAUUUCAGUUUGGAAGAGCAGGAAUCUUUGGAAAUGGACACAAAUGAGUGUGUUGUGUGCUUAGAGGUGUUUAAAACUGGGGAAAAAUGCAAGAUUUUGCCAAAUUGUAAUCAUAGUUUUCACGGUGAGUGCAUAGAUUCAUGGUUGAUUCAGACCGGUGCUUGCCCAAUUUGUAGAGCUUAUGUAGCUAUCGGAACAGUUGAGAGUAGUUUUUCAAGUGAAGUUGGUUUGGAGUUGAGAUAG